UAAACUUUUGUUUUGUUUUGCGUUUUGUGUAAGAGAAAGUUGGUAACUGUUGGUUGCGCUGAAGAUUCCGUCUACUGUAACAUCUGGUCCAGGAGUUGGGAUUGGGAUUCAUUGAAGUCUUAAGAUUUGCUUGCCAAGAUAAGAAAUGGAGGUAUUUGGCAAAUCUAUGGUAACUGUACCUACAAAUGUUAUUUAUUUGUCAAGUAUUCUGGGUCAGGAUGGGCCUAACCCUAUGCACAAAUGUGACUGGAAAUGUGAAAACGAACUUGUAUGUGGGAAUAUGUAUCGCUGCAGGCUAACCGGACAGAUGCACAUUUGUGACAAAAACUGUAACCAGAGAAUUUUGUAUGAUAACCAUAGCUCACUCUGCAGAGUGAGCAAGCAGAUUUUUCCUUUAACACAAGUUGAACAACAAGCCGUGAGAGGUGUCCGGAGGAAGCUUGAUGCUGAGAGUUGCUCCACAGCAGAGAGCUGCGCUUUCAAGCGCAGAAGGGAUGCACAGCAUCAUCCCUCAUCAUUUGAGAGAUCAUUUACUGCUGUUAGCCCCAUCUGCAGUCAGAUUGGAGAUGGCAUGGAUAUGAGCUAGAUACUAUAUCUGCUAAUUUCUUAGUAUCUUUGACCUUCCUUGCCCCUUUACUUUUUCCUAGGACUAGCUAUGUGUAAAAGAACUUGUUCAUUACUUUGGUGGCGAACAUGACCACCCGGCCCUUAUUAGGAAAAACAUUGUCUUCAGUAUUUCUUGCUUAUUAUUGAGAAAGGAAGGUGGAAUUUAUAUAUGACGGUUCGGUGCUGUGGUGCAUCCUUAACUAUCGUACUUUUGUUACUUCUUUGCUGUCCAUGCCUUCUUUCUUCCUUCCUACUCUGUGUUUUUAACUAGUCCUUUGGGCGUUAAUCUGUUCACUUUUAUUUCAUGAGUGCUAAGGUCUCCGGAAGAUCUUUUCUACAGAAUUUUAUGAUCCAGAUGCUUGCUUGAUCUAUAGAUGCAUGUGAUGUUUCUAUUGUCUAAGAAACUUCCUUUCUCUUGAUGAAUUGUUUUGUUUGUCAGGUCAGGAGGAGAAAUAGUACUUUAUUUAUUUAUGGAAACUUAUUGAAAUUUAUUUUUGCUUGAUAGCAUUGCAGGUCAAGGAAGGAGCACAUAGUUGAUCAGUUUACUUUAUUUAUAAUUUGAUUUUUUGUUCUGGUUGAUCUGCCCCUUUUUAUCCUAACAUCAUUGCAUUUUUUUGCAGGGGGGCUUAAGUAUAUAACAGGAGGCUUUGUAAUAUCUCUUGUUUUUUAUUGAAUGAAUUAUGUUAUAUAUCUUGUGGAAGCUUCUAACUAAAAAAAAAUUCUCAUGCAGAAGAGAGGUUUGUUUCCACAAGUUCCAGACAUUCUGCCAUUAAGUUGACCAUCGAUGGAAGUGGAGAUUUUUGGAGUCAUUUUCAAGCAUUUUCAGUAAGUUUGCAGCCUUCUCCGUAUUUAUUUGGAAAUCUGUGUCAUGUGGGUUCAAGUGCUCUCUCUUAAUUUAACCUUCACUCUUGGCUUAGAUCUUGUCGAUUACUCUAACAAAACCAAGAUCUUAACAAGCCAUGUGGAACUUUUAGGCCCUGAUAUUUGUGUCCUUUGGAGUUGUUGCAAUUUUCUAUGCUUCGACUCAACCCAGUCUUUGAAGGACGACAGAUGCUUGGUGGGCUUGGAAUUGGAAAGAGUAGGUGGUUCCCGAACUAUAGAUAUUGUUGAUAAUUCUCAGUGGAAUGUGAUAGGGGUCUUAGCCUAGUUUAUGUCAUCUCGGCUCUGUUCAUCUUUGCAUGAAAAGCUUGAUCAUCCAUCGUCCAUAUUUCUGUAUCACCACAUGAUUUUUCAUUACUAUGGAGUUCCAAUAUUCCUGUUUUGGUUCCA